AUGUGCAACUAUACCCAGCACAAAUAUCACUGCGGUCACACCCGAAAGAUUGCGUCGUGGUGGUGUCCACUUUACGAAAAAACCCAUCGACGAUGCCCACCUUGCGUUACGUGGUUCGAAAACCACGCCAAUCAAACCUGUGGCGAUUGCAAACCACGCACUGAGGUUGCAUGGGAGAGUAUGAUCAAUCGGUAA